AUGCUAGUAGUAUCUCCUGUAAUGCUUGGCGCAUCACCUGGGAUGCUUGUGGCAUCACCUGGUACGCUUGGAGCAUCACCUGGUAUGCUUGGGGCAUCACCUGGGAUGCUUGGGACAUCACCUGGGAGGCUUGGGGCAUCACCUGGGAUGCUUCGGGUAUCACCUGGGGUGCUUGGGGCAUCACCUGGAAUGCUUGGGGCAUCACCUGGGGUGCUGGGGGCAUCAUCUGGGAUGCUUGGGGCAUCACCUGGGAUACUUGGCGCAUCACCUGGGAUACUUGGGACAUCACCCCGGAUGCUUUUGGCAUCACCUGGGAUGCUUGGGGCAUCACCCCGGAUGCUUUGGACAUCACCUGGGAUGCUUGGCGCAUCAAUUGGGAUGCUUCGGGCAUCACCUGGGACGCUUGAGGCGUCACCUGGGAUGCUUAACGCAUCAAUUGGGACGCUUGCGGCACAGCCUGAGAUGCUUGGGGCAUCACCUGGGAUGCUUGGGGCAUCACCUGGGAUGCUUGGCGCAUCAAUUGGGAUGCUUGGGGCAUCGCCUGGGAUGCUUGGGGGAUCACCCGGGAUGCUUCGGACAUCACCUGGGAUGCUUGGGGCAUCACCUGGGAUGCUUGGCGCAUUAAUUGGGAUGCUUCGGGCAUCACCUGGAACGAUUGAGGCGUCACCUGGGAUGCUUAACGCAUCAAUUGGGAUGCUUGCGGCAUAG